CACAGUUCAUUUGAUUGAAGUAGAAGUAGAAGUAGAAUCAAUGGAGGAUGUGAAGGAUUUUGCGGGAAACAUGGAUGUUGCUGGUACAACAACACACGAGAGAGAUGAAGACUCGUCUUCCCUAGUUGAUGAUAGGGAGCCAAACGAUGCUUCAAAAUCAAUUUUGAUUGAUAACGAAGAAUUGGAGGUUAUAAAGCAGCAGAAUGAUGCUGCUAUUAGUGAAAGCUCAGUAAAAUGUGAACUGCUUGAUGAAAUCGCCGUCGGUGGUAAGUCUGAAGCAGUGAUGCUCCAAGUAUCAAGUUAUAACACUACAGAUUCAACGAGCAACAUUCACAUGAUGAACAAAGAAUCAAAUGAAAAGAAUAAAGGCUCUAAAACGUACUCAAGAGAGGAGAUUGAGGCGCUUCGAUUUGUAGACACGGAAGCACAAACCAAAAUUUGGACUGAUGUAUACCUAGCCCUUCAAAUGAAUGUCAGGAAUGAGUAUGACCGUUUGGUUCCUGGAGAUUCUCGAAAUCAGUCGUCGUCUUCCAAUCUUGAUCACCGUAAUAAACAGUUCCGGCAAAAGGAAGGCAAUCACCAGGGUUCAAGAAAUGAAAUGAAAAGCUCAAAUGCCCAUGAUUUUGAGCAUGAAGAGUACACUGAAGAAUAUGACAGUGAUGAUGAUUAUGUUAGCAUUCAGAGACCUGCCUUUUAUGUGACGGGUGAACCUGAUUUUGAAUCUGGACCUCCGGAAGAUGGAUUCGAGUAUCUUAGGAGAGUAAGGUGGGAGACAUCAAGGGUUCCGAAAGUAAAAGUUGCCAAGCUGGAAAGAAAUAAACUUAAAGAGCAGACUGUUUAUAUGCCAAAAAUUCCUGAAAUAGCUAAAUGCCCUGAGCACUUACUGCCUAAUAAACAAUGGGAGGAUGCUUUUCUAGCUGAUUUCUCAGAUCUAAGACUGGUUCUGUCAAGAUUGGAAGAUUCUGGUACUGAAGUUGCUGCUGCUAAGUUGUUCCCCAAGGAAGAAAACAUCAAUAAGCUUCUUGAAAACGACAUUACUGUUGUCCAACAAGACUUUGAAAACAUAAUGACUACAGAAGAAAACAGCAACAGCGUGUGCGAGACUCUCGAUUCUUCUGCAUCUCCUGAUAAUACACCAUUAUCGGAGGAGAAAAAUGAUAGUCUUAAUCUGGAAAGCUCAAACAUUAAACCAUCAAGUUGUGCUCAAAAUAGUAGUCCCACUAUGUCGGCAAUUAUGAAGAUGGAUUGUGUAGCUAGGGUUUCGAUGUUGAGGAAAAGGAUAAGCUUGUUGGAGAAUGCUAAUGCAAUUUCAAGGAAUGAUUGUGUUUGGUUGUUUGCUCUUUGUGCUGCUGUUGAUACUCCAUUUGAUGCCGACACUUCUGCUUCUGUUCGAAGUCUGCUUAGAAAGAUUUGCAGCUUAAGAGCCGAGAAAAUCGACAUGGAUGAUGACGAUGAUAUGGUUGUUAUGCUCAAUAUCUUGGCAACAAUUGCAGGUAGAUAUUUUGGACAAGCUGAAUAUUGAAGAUUAGAGGAAUUGAGAUGAAGAAAUAGACUGCUUUUGAUCAUUUUUGUUUAUUGAAGGAUUUUUUCUGCCUUCAUUUAUGGAAAUUAAUUAAAUAUGCUAUAGAAAACCAUUUUGGGU